AUAGUUAAUUUCGUAUCUAUUUUACUUAAUUAAUUUACUUAAAACAGUCAUAGAGAUUGUGAUAAAUGAAGAAAUGCUAGAAGAAAACAAGUAAACAAAUUGUCAGAAAAAUAUAAUUAAAUAAAUAAAUAUUAAAAAAGAUAGAAAUAAAAAUAAAUAAAUUUAUUAGUAAUCAAAUCAUAUGAGAUUCCUUAUCUUAGCUCUAAUAAUUAUUGUUUCUCUAGCUAAUGUUAAUGCUUAAUUUAGUGGUGAUAUCUAAAAGGUACUUGAAUGCUUUGACUCACAAGGAGGCUAAUUUGAAUGUUUUAUUGAUGAUAAAAUAUGUAAUGAUGAAGUUAUUGUUGUCCAAAGUUGCAUAAAUGAAAUUGAAUAAAGCUCAACAUCUUUAAAAGCUAUAGGCUUACUUCUAAAAUCUAAAUGCUCAUCUUAAGUAAAAGAGGUAUAAGCUACUAUUGAAAAGAAGUCAGAAUGCUACUUACUUGGUGAAGUCACAGAAGAUUAAUAAGAUAAUAACAAUCAAAAGGACUAAAACAACUAAAAUAGUCAAAAAGAAUAAGAUUAACAAAACAAUUAAGACAAGGACCAAAAAGAUUAAGAUUAAAAAAAUGAUCAACCACCAAAAAAUGAUCAACCAUCAAAAAAUGAUCAACCACCAAAAAAUGAUCAACCAUCAAAAAAUGAUCAACCACCAAAAAAUGAUAAUAAUGACAAAGAAAAUUAAAGCAACGAUACCAAAUAAGAUCAAAAUAGUCAACAAGGAAAAAAUGAUAACAAAAACGAAGAAAAUCAAUCUACCAAUCAAAAUAAUCAAAAAGAUUAAGAAAAAUAAGAUAAUAAUCAAGAAGCCAAAAAAGACCAAAAAGACUAAAACAAUCAAACAGACAGCAAUUAAAAUGAUCAAAAAGAUAAAGAUAAUUUAAAAGACAAAAAUAAUGAUUAAAACAACCAAAAAGAUAAAGUAACUAAUUCUGCUAAAUCAGAAUAAAGUUUCUACUCAAAUGGUAUUACUUUGAUGCUUUCAUUAGGAUCUAUUGCAAUAGCUAUUUUAUUUUGAAGUUAUUAAAUAUUUAUUUGUUUUUAAAUAAAAUUUUAUAUCAUAG